AUGAAGUUCCUUAACAUUGUAUCCCUCAUCGCGGCUGUGGUAUCAGCUUCGCCCACAACUCCCUCCAAGACUCUCGACAAGCGCGCAACCACCUGGUGCGAAGCCUUUGGGUCCGUUCAAACAGCUGGGUAUACCGUCUACCACAACAAUUGGGGUCGCGGCGAAGCAACAUCCGGAGAGCAGUGUACAACAUUCAACUCGUACAAGAGCGGCUCUUUCUCCUGGUCCACCAAAUGGAGCUGGGCCGGAGGCAACAUCCACGUCAAGUCGUACUCCAACGUGGCCCUCGAGAACAUCAACAAAAAGGUCUCGGCGAUCAAAUCCAUUCCUACAAAAUGGACAUGGCGAUACACAGGAACGAACAUGGUCUCUGAUGUUGCUUACGACCUCUGGCUUGCGCCUUCAGUCGGUGCCAACAACAAGUAUGAGAUUAUGAUCUGGGUGGGUAGCUAUGGUGGUGCUGGACCUAUUUCUGAUCAUGGUUCUACACCUCUUGCGACCUUGACUAUCAACGGGUCCCAGUGGAAGCUGUUCCGUGGACCUAACGGCGAUACAACUGUGUACUCUUUUGUGUCGACUCAGAAUUUGGGCAACUUCCAGGGCGAUCUUCUUCCCUUUCUUACGUAUCUUACUAAGAGCCAGGGUGUUCCCAGUAGUUAUGUUGCUACUAGCUUCCAGGCUGGUACUGAGCCCUUUGUCGGUUCCAACUGUGUCUUUGCUACUUCUGCCUAUAGCCUAUCUGUCAACUAA